CCUCGUCACGGCGCCACAGGACAGCCAUGCCGGGCCGCCUGCUGCGGGGCCUCUGGCAGCGAUGGCGCCGUUACAAGUACCGCUUCGUACCCUGGAUCGCGCUGAACCUAAGCCACAACCCGAGGACCCUCCGAUAUGUUCCAGAGGAAUCCAAAGACAAAGUUAUCUCAGAUGAAGAGGUCCUAGGAACAUUACUCAAAGUUUUCCAGGCUUUAUUCGUAAAUGAUUUCAAUAAACAAUCAGAUAUCUUGACUGUGCUUCCAGAACCUGUUAAAUCAAAAUAUCAAGACCUACUGUCAGUUCAGCAUCCAGGGGUGAAACAGCUUGAAUACAGACAUCAACAGCAAAAUACCUUUACACCAGAAGAAAUUCUUUAUAAGACAUUGGGUUUCAGUGUCACCCGAGCACCUAGCACAUUGAUUUCGGCUGGAAAAGGUGUCUUCGUUAACAAAGGAUUGGUACCAAAAGGCGCGGUUGUAUCUAUGUAUCCUGGUACAGUAUAUCAAAAGUACGAGCCAAUCUUUUUCCAGUCCAUUGGAAAUCCAUUUAUUUUUAGAUGCCUGGAUGGGGUACUCAUUGAUGGAAAUGACAAAGGAAUAUCAAAAGUCGUGUAUAGAUCUUGCAAUGGGAGGGAUCAGCUUGGCCCUUUAAAGAUGAGUGAUAGUACAUGGCUAACGUCAGAAAUUCAUAAUCCACUGGCUGUAGGGCAGUACGUCAACAAUUGUUCAAAUGACAGAGCAGCUAAUGUCUGUUAUCAGGAACUUGAUGUGCCUGCAGUUUUCCCUAUAGAACUGAAGCAAUAUCUUCCAAACAUUGCGUACAGCUAUGACAAACAAAGUCCACUUCGAUGUGUCAUCCUUGUCGCACUCAGGGACAUCAAACAAGGAGAAGAGCUUUUUUCAAACUACUAUACAAUUGUCAGCUAACUGUAUGAAAUUAGGUUUUCUAUUCAGCUAUUGAGUUAAUUCUAAAUGUUUUUGUUGUUCCUCUGAGUUCCCCCUGCAGAGCAAAUAUUUUGAAACCUAAUUGGAGUGGGAACUUUUUUUUUAUUGAUAUUUGUGUUUCAAUUCCAUCAUAAAAGCUAUUUGCUUCACUACAAUUUCAAAUUUGUAAUGCAAUUGCAGUGUUAAUUGGUUUUCACCUAAGUACACAGUAGUUUACUAAAUUAAAACCCACUGUCU